AAAUAAAAGCAGCAAAACAACAACAAAGAUGGGGAUGUAAUGUGACACUAUUUGCCAGCAGCUUUUACAAACCGAGCCGCUCCACGGGAAAGCUGUUAUUUGCCAUUUAUACUUUCUGUCAAAGUGCUGCUGAUCCCUCAUCUUACAGGUCACAAUUAUAUGCCCUCUUUCCUCUCUCCUCCAUCCCUUCCUGCAGCCGUCCUCCACUCUAAGCAGCAUUUAAUUGUAAGGGGCUGAGCUGGAGAAAGGAGUAAUCAGAUGAGAACAGAGGCAGGAGGCAUCACGUGGGUACGCACUCACUAUCCGGAGGAUUAAUAAUACUGUCGUCUUGAUUGAACUUCAGCCGCUCUCCCUAGUAAAUUGGAGGUGGAGAAUGGGGAAAGAGGUGAGGAGAGGCGGGGGACAAAACCAGUGGCACAGACAGAGGGGAGGGAAAGAAAAGAGAUAAGGGUUACCCAGAUAAGAACAGAGAGGAGGUAGAGAUACGGAGAGAGAAAUAACGGUAGGGAGAGGGAGUUGGAGGAAGAAAGAGUGAGGAAAGGAGGCAGCGCAGUGCAGUUCAGGAUGGGAGGGGGGAGAGAGAGAGAGAUGUGGAGACAGGAAGCCUCUGCUGCUACUGUGCCAGUGAGACGCAGGCAGGCGGAGAGGGAAGACGGAGCGAGAGGGGCCCCUGGCAUCUCCGAGGCUGAACCCACGGAGGGGGAUGAGGGGCUCAGGAGCAACAACAACAGAAAGAACAGUGGGAGGAAACGGAGGGAAAAGAGGCAGGGCAAUAAAGUCAUAAACAGAAACAGGAGGGUGGGUGGAACCAGAGCUGAGGAGGGAAAGAACUGGGAAACAAAGUUUGGCUGGCGUAGCAGAGGAGCAGGGAGAUGAGGAAGGAGACUAAACAUCAGAGCAGAUUAAGCAUCUGUUAAUGGCAAAGGCAGGGGGGGAUUCAUGGGAGAAGAAGAGGAAAAUCUAUUCAUCUCAGGAGUUCCUCUUCUGUCUUCUCUUCAUUUUCUGAGGCUGCUGGACACCAUCCAUCACCAUGUUCUCUGACAGCCGCACCACGACGCCCGGGGAGCAGAAGAGCUUCAAGCCACACACCCCUCACUUCAUCCCGUGGCUGCGCAACAGUCUGAAGGCUCAGCACAGCGGCGGUGACCUGGGAGUCAACGGACCGUACAAAUCCAGCUCAGAGGCCCGUAACAACCUGACCCCACUGGAGAGAGCCAAGGGCAUCGGUUUCUUCUCCAUCCAGGGAAAAGAGCGGGGAAAGAAGGGUGAACUACGAUGUAAUGGCAUUGGGAUGCUGCCAGUGAUGCUGAGGGGGCAUCACAUCCUGCCAGGGAGUCUGGGGAAGCAGAAGGACGGGGGUUCUGCCAGGUGGAACAAGACCAAAGAGCUGGACACAGACACACCACGCUCAGAGGAAGGCCUGGGAGACAGCUCGUCCUCCACUCCGAAGAACCACAGUUUUGUAAAGAACCACGGCAACUCCCUGGGCCUCCACCAGCCUCAGAAGGAUGGUACCUCAGUCAAGAAGUAUGGGCCUUUAGUGGGACCCCCUCCAACUCCUGUCCCCAUGCUGGUGGCUGAGAAACCACAGGUGCCUGUGGUGGUGUGUGUGGAGGACGGGGAGGGAAAGGUGUGGGACUACAGCAGUCGCACUACCUACCGUCAGAGAGACCUCCAUUCAUCCAGCUGGCUGAGCUCAGACACUCAGAGGCUCAUAGAGAGGCAGCAAGGCUUCAGCUCCAGCUUCAGCUACAUCAAUAAACACAGCAAGAACUCGCAGAGCCACAGAGACCUCGGCGAGACCACAGUGGAGGCUUUCAAUGGACCCCUGAAUGGACUCAUCUUCUCCACUGAGAUUCCCCACAGGGGCCUGCCAUGUACCACAACCCUGAGAGGCCCCAGGAAACCCAGACCCAACUCGGAGCGGAUAACGACCCUGGGUCAGAACCAGACAUGGGUACAGCACAAACCAAACGCCAAAGAGGAGUCCCCACAGAGGAAGGAAGCAGGAUGCACGAGAAGAGUGGUCCGGAACCAGAUCAAACGGGUGAUGGACAACCUGGAGCAGGUUCUCAUCGCUCUGAGGGACAUCCAGCAGGAGAUGAAAGAGGUGGUGCAGCAGAUUGACUAUCUAACCUCCUCCAUUGAUCUGGAUGAGGAGGAGCAGCAGGGGACCAGAGGAGAUGCUAAGCCUCCCAGCGACACCAGCUACAGUUCAGGCUCCAGCUCCAGUGAGAUAGUGGUGGGCAGCCUCCGCCAAAGGCAGCCAGACGCUGACAUGCGGCCAGGAGCCGUGGACUCGUGUGGCCCCCCCAUCAGAGAUCAUCACAGCCGAAGCCAGUCUCCACAGAAUGCACGGCUGAGCUCGAUCACCUCAGGGUUUUUAUCAGAUGGGAGUCGGAGUCUUCGAAAAACUUGCUGUCCCUCUCGUCGAAAAAGUGACCAACGGCCUAAAAUCCACACUUUGUCUCCCCAAAGAAGCCUCCCUGCCCGGCCUCCCACUCCUGGUCUUUCUCCUCUAACAGUAAACCUCCAUCACCCCAGCAGUCCUGCUUCCCAGCCUCACUCCCCAGGGGCAUCAUCCUCCAUUAGGACAGGCACCAUCUCCCCUCCUUCCCCUCUGUUUCUGAAGCCUUAUCCCCCCCCUGCCCUCAGCCCGUCUGUCAUCAUAGAGACCAAAGUCAGGGCUAAUAAGACCACACAAAGCAACGUCCCAUCUGCUGGUCUACUGUCACCAUCUCGAACUCCCUCCCAGUCUAAAAGCUGCCCACCGACACACUCAGUGACUCAAGCUUCAGCUCUGGACUCCAGGGAGCGGCGAGCAUCCUCAGCGGGACCUUCCCGUGUUUGCACCGCCUCUGCCGGGACGGCCAAACCGCCCACAGCACAAGGCCGCAGAAGUCGCAAGCCUCCACCUUACCCCCAGGACAGACUGUCCGAGCCCACAAAGAAGGUGAAGGAGCCCCGCAAAGCUCCUCCGUACCCUGAGAAAAGAAAGCUGCUCUCAACCACGGUGUGAGACAAUGCAGCGGCAGGGGGAGGCUGAUCGAACCGAGCUACAUCCACAGCACCAGCCACAUGUCUGCAAGAGAGCGCAGUGAUUUAAAGCAAUUUAAGGCUCGCCAAGUUGAGCUGAGAUCAAGUUUCCAAGGUGACGGAAUUCAGACGCAACCUGUGGCAGGUCAGGGUGUGAUCAUUUCCUGUUCUGGCCCCUCAGCGAGUCUGGAUGGCGAGAGGGGGGGGGACCGAUGAGCCAGCUGAGAAUUUCCUCAAAUCCAGAGGAUCAGCUUGAGAGAGAUGAGACACCAAAAGGUACCCCAAGAUUUAAAUCUGCAGAAUCUUCAAAUCUGAGCUGGAUCCUCGGACACUUGUGUUGUUUGAGUAGGAGAUAAAGCAGCAGUAGCAU